AUGGCUCAUGAUGGGGACGACCUGCGGGACCUGUCGUACCUGGCCAACGCCGACGUGAAGCUGGGCCUGGCCGAGCGGGACAGCAUAGCACCGAAGCAGAAACCAGACGCGAGAGGGUCAUCAGCAGAAUCUUUCGCCGAGUCCGCAGUAUUACCCCGGGAAUCAGCCUAUGGACCUCCACCGCCGGUGCCGGCAAAGGACAGUAUUUAUGUCAAGCGAAAAGUCGAGAACACCGAGGGGGAGAGAGCCAGCCCCGGAGCGAGUCGAGGGAAGCUGGACGUGAAGACGAAAGACGACAACCAACAAGAGAACGGGGACAGCAGUGAGCUGGCGAGAUGGACUUCAGCAACGUCCGCGGCCAUAACAAUAGGGAUUACUGCUUCAACACUGAAUAUAUUCCCAACAACGAAACCGAAAGAGACAAUAAAGGACACAAUGUCAACACCCCACCCUCUGGGCAUGUCGCCGCCGGACUUGACCACACCGAUUCCAGAACAAGUUUCAAUACCAGUGCCAACGAGACCGGCAAGGCCGUCCUCAUCACGUCUGUCCUCGUUAACGAGAGAUGGGCCGCUUACGACCGACAGGGUGGUUAUUGUCGACUCAAGCAGGCCGCCUACCUCGAGGUCGCAGCGGUCCCAACUCAAGACCUCAUACACCACGUACAGUACCUCGACCACAGGAAAGGGCGGUCGUAUAAAGUAUGGACGGGGCAAAUAUGCCACUACUGAGUUGAUCCCACAGCCCAGUGACGACCCUGAGGACCCUCUGAGCUGGUCAAGUCUCAAGAAGGAGCUCAACUUGUACGCUCUGCUGACCACUGUCGCCAUUUGCAAUGCUAUGAAAACGGCAUUGAUUAGCGUGAAUGAGGAUUUGGCCCGACGGUAUUCAGUCUCCUACACAGCUGUGGCAGCCCUCACAGGCGUGCCGCUCAUGCUCUCGGCCAUCGCGGGACUGGCGAGCUCCGCUGCCGCCAGGAUUUGGGGCAGGAGACCGGUAUUCCUGGCUUCAAUGAUUUUACUUUUCAUCGGGCUGGUAUGGAACACCAGGGUGACGACAAGUUACGGACAAUUCAUGGCGGCUAGGAUUUUUCAGGGGUUCGCAUGGGGUGCCUUCGAUACUUUGGUGGUUGGGUCCAUCAUCGACACCUACUUCGAACACGAACGCUCCACUAAACUAGCCACUCACCGUAUCGUCUCUGUUGCAACGCUCUGGGGCCCACCUCUGAUUGGAGGAGUCACCUCCCAGAACCAAGCUGGCUUCAGCCUGCAGUUCGAGAUUCUUGCAGUCUUCCAGAUCGUCUCUAUCCCCUUGCUCGUCCUAGCCGCCCCCGAGACCAUGUUUGACCGCACGAAUUCUAUGCUUAAGACGCCUACGACGGGGUGGUCCACCGGCGCAGCGAGCAAGUUCCCUCCAUGGGCGAGGAGGAGAUUCACCAAAUCGACCGCCAUCAACUACAUCAAGACCGUCGCCAGGCCAAUCUCCUAUCGCGGACCCUCAGAGGGCGUCAUCAGCAAGGACGUUCUCCUCCAGGCUCCGCGGGCCAUGCUCGCGCCCACCACCGUCCUCGCCUUCCUGGCCUCUUUCCUGCCCUAUUCCCUUCUCUGGGGCUUCUCCGCCUCCCUCUCGGGCCUAUUUGCGCCCGCGCCCGCGUCGCUCUCCCCAGCGACCAUCGGGCCCCUCCUCACGUUUCCCCUCGUCCUCUCCACUACUGCCGUCGCGGUCUUCGCGCUCUGGCCCUCGUGGUCCCAGACGAUGACGGCCUUCAAGACCCGCUCGACACACGUCUAUCUCUCGGCGGCGGCUCUCUUCCUCCUGGGCCUCCUCGCCGCCGGGGCCUAUAUCCUCGACGCGCCGGCCAAGCCCCUCCUCAAGCGUUCCGCCCAGUUCACCUCCCCGAACCUGGCCAUCUCGCUGUGCAGCAUCUCCGACAUGGACGUCGGCCUGGCCGUCUGGCGGGCGCUGUCCGCCGGAAUCUUCGCGAUGGCGAUCCCCUCCGCCGUCGUGGGUCCUGCCUCCUCCGCCGGGCUCAAGGGCACUGGUAUCGGCGUCUCCGUGGUGCAGGUUCUGGUGGCGGCCGGCCUGGCUGCCGUCUGGUGGAUGUGGGAGGAGAACAUCCGCAAGCUGGACGGGAGGACGAUGGGCUGCAGGGUUGACCUGACCUUUCUGAACAGCCGGGCCAGCCUUCAGGGCAGCUUUUUCGAGACGGAGGAUUGA